CAGAGUCGGUCAGCUGGCUCCUCCAUCUGAACAGCAGGGAGAGCCUCUCCCAUAGGGAGAUAUCACCAUCAACGCCCGAGCCUGGCCAGCAGCAUCGGCGGCCCGCUGGAAGGGGAACACAACAUGGAAGAAACGAUAUUAUAGUGGAGGAUCGGGCGUCGGCGGGGAUCGGGAGCGUUAGAUUAUUUAUUUGAGUAUUUAUUAAUUUAUUUAUUUCCUCUGCCAGUAAUGGCCGGGGUCCACGGCUGCGGCUGCUGAGAGGCAGGUGCAAUAUCAUCGACGAAGGCAUUUCGUUCCUCGGCAUGGACUCAACGAGGGCCGAUCCACAGGCCGACCCGCUGCAUAUCCACCGCGCCCGAGAUCAGAUGCUCCUCGCUGAAGGAGAGCACUAGCUGGGCCUCGCCUGGAGGAUUUACAACGGGUCGGUGUUGGAAGAGGAGGGGGCCCUCUUUACAUCAAAACAUUAGAGCCAAUAUUUUCAGUGCCGAGCUCAAGGUUAUGCGCUGUUAUACACAACAACGGACAGUUUUAGUUCAGUGAAUCGGUGCUGCUGCAAAAUGUCAUAAGUUUUCUUUACACGAGGAAAGACUGUGAUUUAAUUUGCCCACUUUUCUGUGGAUCCAGACCCCGAGACAGUCUCGCCUUACAGGCCUGAAAAACCGCUUGAGCGCAUCCUCCUCAUCUGGAAAACAGAAGCCGGCUCCAGCUGCCAAGAUGAUGGAGCUGCAGAUAGACGAGGUGGUCUACCAAGACGACUAUGGCUCCGGCUCCGUGAUGUCGGAGCGGGUCUCGGGCUUGGCCAACAGCAUCUACCGGGAGUUCGAGCGGCUCAUCCGCAGCUAUGACGAGGAGGUGGUAAAGGAGCUGAUGCCUCUGGUGGUGAACGUCCUGGAGAACCUGGACGCGGUGCUGACCGAGAACCAGGAGCACGAAGUGGAGCUGGAGCUGCUAAAGGAGGACAACGAGCAGCUCAUCACCCAGUAUGAAAGGGAGAAAGCGCUCCGUAAACAGGCGGAGGAGAAAUUCAUUGAAUUUGAGGAUGCGCUGGAAGCUGAGAAGAAAGAUCUACAGAUUCAGGUGGAGUUUCUGGAGCUGCAGGGAAAACAGCUGGAGCUCAAGACAAAGAACUAUUCUGACCAGAUUGCCCGAUUGGAGGAGCGAGAAUCGGACAUGAAGAAAGAGUACAACGCUCUGCACCAGCGUCACACUGAGAUGAUUCAGACUUACGUUGAGCACAUAGAGCGGUCCAAAAUGCAGCAGGCAGGGAGCAACAGCCAAUCAGAAGGCCCCGGCUCCGGACGAACCAGCAAAGCGGAGCGCCCGCCAUCAUUGAGCCUGUACCCCAACGUCGAGGGCAUGGUACGUGGGGGUCUCGGGGGGGCUAGGAUGAUGCCCGGGAAAGACAUCUGGCAGGUCAGCGAGCUCGGCCAGUCUACCUUCUGCUCUGCCUAUCAGGAGGAUGGAUCAGAGUCCGACUCGGUUGCAGCCACACCCAGCAGCACGGGAAGCAAGUCCAACACACCCACCUCCUCCGUCCCCUCUGCCACAGUCACCCCCAUCAACGAGGGCUUCCUCCCCCACACUGAGUUCGAUGCGAUGCGGGCCGGGAACCGCAGGAAAAAUGCCAAGCGUCUCAGCCGGAAUAUGGAGGUUCAGGUUUGCCAGGAGACCAGGAACGUCAGCAUUGGUAUGGGAAGCAGCGACGAGUGGUCCGAGUUUCAGGAGAUCAUCGAUUCCACCCCUGAGCUGGACAUGUGUGUGGACCCCCGUGUGUACGGAGGAGGAAACAGCCCCUCCCAGGGAAUAGUGAACGAGGCCUUCGGCAUCAACACCGACUCUCUCUACCACGAGAUCAAAGACGCCAAGUCGGACAUCAUUGGAGAUGUAGAUGCAGGCGCAGAGCUACUAGGCGAGUUCUCAGUCCGUGAUGAUUUCUUCGGGAUGGGCAAGGAGGUGGAGAACCUGCUGACAGAGAACAAACAGCUCCUAGAGACCAAAAAUGCUCUCAACAUUGUGAAAAAUGACCUUAUUGCCAAAGUGGAUGAGCUGUCCGGUGAGCAGGAAGUGCUGAGGGAGGAGCUGGAGGCUGUGAGGCAGUCCAAGAACAAAGUGGACGCCAGAGUCAAGGAGCUGGAAGAAGAGCUCAAGAGGUUAAGAGCAGAGGCUCUCGGUGCAUCUCGGGACUCCAAGGACGAGGGAGGUGAUGAUUUUUCAUCACCCAUGCAGGACGGCGACAUGACGAUGACGCAGCGGCGGCGGUUCACCCGGGUGGAGAUGGCUCGAGUGCUGAUGGAGAGGAAUCAGUACAAAGAGAGACUGAUGGAGCUGCAAGAGGCCGUCCGAUGGACAGAAAUGAUCAGGGCAUCCCGGGAGAGUCCUCAAAUCCAAGAGAAGAAGAAAUCCACCAUCUGGCAGUUCUUUGCACGUCUCUUCAGCUCGUCAUCCAGCCCUCCGCCCGUCAAGCGGCCAUACUACAGCGUCAACAUCCACUACAAGUCUCCCUCGACGACUGGUUUCUCUCAGCGACGCAGCCACACCAUGUGUCAGAUCUCCACCUCCAACCGCACGCUGGAGUUCUUCCCCGAAGAACUGGCCAGUAACGGUGUUGCGUCUCUCCUCAGUGACUCGGCACUGUUGGCCCGCCGAGAGCAGCGGCGUGAACAGUACCGGCAGGUCCGCGAGCACAUGCGCCGUGAUGACGGCAUCAUGCAGGCCUGUGGCUGGAGUGUGCCAUCUCGCUUCAAACAGACUGGUGGUCAGAUGGACAGCGCUCAGGACAGCCCACUGAAGAGACAACAGACCACUAAUGAGAAAGAGGACAACCGCAUGAAGAAUGUGCCCAUCCCGGUGUACUGUCGUCCUCUGGUGGAGAAGGAUCCCAACAGAAAGUUGUGGUGUGCAGCUGGGGUAGACCUGACAGGGUGGAAGGCCAACAGCCAGGAGUCGGUAACAGCAAAAGCACCAUCAGGCAGCAGCGACCCCCUGCAGGCUGAUGAGAACGGAGCCGGCAAGAAGAACAACCACAGCUCUCCUGAGAAGAGAAAGUCAAAGGAGCUCCAUGAAAUGGACACCGUGAGCAGUCGAGUGUGGAUCCUCACCAGCACCCACUCUGCUAGCAAGGUGGUCAUCAUCGAUGCCAACCAGCCAGGCUCGCUGGUCGACCAGUUCAACGUCUGCAACGCCCACGUGCUCUGCAUCUCCAGUGUGCCAGCUGCCACUGAGAGCGACUAUCCAGCAGGAGAGAUCGUGUUGGAUCCAGGAGACGGUGGAGUGGGUGGAGGAGAGGACACGAGCAGCAUGGAGGGCAUGUUGGCUGGUAUCACUCUUGUUGGCUGUGCCACCAACUGCAGUGUUGCCCGUAGCAACUGUUCCUCACGCACUGACACGCCCAUAAUGGACAAAGGACAAGCCCCCACUGCUCCCCCCAUGAAUGGGAGGAUUCAUCAGGCCCAGUCGGCUGAGGAGGCCACCGAGGCCACUGAGGUGCCCGAAUCAACAGCCAGCCACGCAGAGCUGGGACCCCCAGGACCAUUUACCGAGCACAUCUUCACCGAUCCUCAGCCUCGUCCAGCAGACGCCUCUGACAGGAGCGCAGGUCAGUCCAAAGAGGAAACUUCUCACACUGCAGAGUCAGAGGACGGAGGUGAAGAAUCCAAGAAUUAUACCAGCGCGGCCCCCACUAUGUGGCUCGGGGCCCAGAACGGCUGGCUCUACGUCCACUCAGCAGUUGGAAACUGGAAGAAGUGUCUCCACUCCAUCAAACUCAAAGACUCUGUGCUCAGUCUGGUGCAUGUGAAAGGUCGCGUGUUGGUUGCUCUCGCUGACGGGACCCUCGUCAUUUUCCACAGAUCAGAAGACGGCCAGUGGGAUUUGUCUAACUACCACCUAAUGGAUCUCGGUCGGCCUCAUCACUCCAUCCGUUGCAUGGCUGUUGUCCAUGACAAGGUUUGGUGCGGCUACAAGAACAAGAUCCACGUCAUCCAGCCCAAGAGCAUGCAGAUCGAGAAGCUCUUCGAUGCCCACCCUCGUAGGGAGAGUCAGGUGCGGCAGCUAGCUUGGAUCGGUGACGGUGUGUGGGUAUCCAUCCGACUAGACUCGACCCUGCGCCUCUACCAUGCACAUACACACCAGCACCUCCAGGAUGUGGACAUUGAGCCAUACGUCAGCAAGAUGCUGGGUACUGGCAAGCUGGGCUUCUCUUUUGUGCGAAUCACAGCGCUUCUGAUUGGUGGCAAUCGUCUCUGGGUGGGAACUGGAAACGGUGUGAUCAUUUCCAUCCCGCUGACAGAGACGGUGGUCCUUCACCGGGGACAGCUCCUUGGUGUGAGGGCCAAUAAGGUGUCUCCUACAUCGUCCAGUGGAGUGAUCCAUGUGUACAGCGAUGACGGCUCAGAGAAGAGCACCGGCAGCUUCAUCCCUUACUGCUCCAUGGCACAGGCCCAGCUCUGUUUCCAUGGACACCGCGAUGCCGUCAAGUUCUUCGUCUCUGUACCUGGUAACGUUCUGGCCACCCUAAAGGGCAGUGUGCUGGACAGCCCGUCAGAGGGACAGGGCUCAACAGCACCCCAAGAGACGGAGGCCCAGAGUGUUCAUAAAGUGUUGGUGCUGAGUGGAGGAGAGGGCUACAUUGAUUUCCGUAUAGGAGAUGGAGAGGACGACGAGACGGAGGAAGGAGAGACGGCUGAAGCUUCACAGAUGAAACCUGCUUUGAGUAAAGCUGAGCGGAGCCACAUCAUUGUUUGGCAGGUGUCUUAUAUACCUGACUGACACCUGAAUUUGCUUUAACACCUUGCCUGCUCUUCUACUUAAAAAAAUCUCCUCCUCCACCACCUUCCCCCAAAAGCUUCCAGCCACCCAAACCUUGUAAUUAUCCCUGGUUAUGUAAAAGUUUGCCCUUGGCUCUAAAACGACCCUCCAAGCCGUAUAUCGUCCCUUGUAACUAUUAUAUCUCCUUCUGCCCCAUCACCUUGUAACUUUAAAGCCUUGUAAGUACCUCCUCCGAUCUAGUAAUAUGCCUGCCAUCCUGUUUCUGUCCCACCCUGGGCAUUGUAACUGUCUUCAUGAGCCUUGUAACCCGGCAUCAUAACUACCUCCCUUCUCUCUGUAUUGAUCUCAUAUUCACCCUGUAAGCACACUGUAUCUUCUCCUAUAUUUACCUCAAUUGUCCUGCAUCUGCCCCAGUUACUCCUCCUCCACUUAGUUUGUCAUCUGUGAAACCUCCACCUCAUCUUAAAGCAAAGGCCCAGAGUCCCAACAUGCAACCACUGUACCAAAAAAAAAUAAAAAAAUAAAAAAUAAGAACAGCAUGUACAGAAAUGUGAAUGACAACACUGACUUGAGUUUCCACCAGAAAUCUGUCUGAUUUUUACAACAGCCAAUCAGCAAUCCACAACCAUUUAUGAUGUGAACACGGUUCAGCUAAUGGAUGCAGAUGUCAGGUGUUCAUGGAUCAACCUUUGACUAAGUUUGUGAGUGAAUACAAAUUCAAUGAGACAGCUUUUUGGCUUUAAGAUUGUAGUGGAUGGUAAACGGAUUUGGGUUUGUUAAACGCUUUAGGGUAAGUGAAUGUAUGACGACAUGGAAAGUCAAAAUUAUGUCAACUUCAACACAAAAAUCUGGGCUUUUUUUGGCUGUUUCUGAAAAUGGUUUGCAUCCAGUCUUGCGGUUGCAUUUAUUUCAAGAGUCUCAAUUUGUGGUGUUUGCUCACUUUCUGCCCUAAUUAAAAAUAUCCUCAUGAGGAGAAAAGUGACUUAUGUAGAAAAAGCCCCAAAAUGGCAGGAAAUGUCUGGUGCAGCUGCCUGACACGAAGGUCUUAAGACUCAUGCUGGAGUCGUGUGAGCAAGGUUAUCAAAACAUCUGAGCAUAAGAUGUCCAGAGUUCAGUCCGAGACUCAUUUCUCUCGUCUGACUGGCUGUUGAUCAGACGGUUUGGUGUAAAGCAGGUGAACUGAUGUGUGUUGCCAUUACGUGUACAGGGAUUAUUGUAAAUCUCCAGACACACUGAAGCCCAUCCUCUUUGUUCAGUAUGGAAAUUCAUGCAUUGAUCUCUAUCUGUGUGGAUUAAAUAUUAAACAUAUUUGUGCGCU